AUGACCCGCCGCACGGGAAGCCAAGACGGUGUCGUCGUCAGCGAAGGUGACUGUGACGGCCACGUCGUGACCGCUUCGAUGGCCGCCACCCAGCCGCCGCCGCUUCUGCACCCGCUCCCUCGACCGCUCCAGAACCCCAUCUUGCCCGACAACAUUCUGGCGUCGAAGCCGCUGCCACUGGUCUCCAAGACACGGCGCCGACGAGGAUCGCUGCGCAAGGUCGCCCUACUCGGCCGUGGAGCGGCUUCGGGACCGUCUGCCAGCGUCGGUCUCGGCAUCUCGGGGCCGACAGAUGGUGAUGCUUACGUCAGCCACAGAAGCAGAAAUAGCAGCAGCAGUACCAAAAACCAGAUCAUUCCGCCAGCAGCAGCACCGCGGCCGCGACCGGCCAAGCCGAUGUCCACCAUCCUGACGCGACGAUCGUCACCGACGGCCUACGUGACGACGGACGAGGACCAGCGGAAGCAGCAGCUGCCCCGGUCGCUCUCGCUGCCGAUGCUGAUGCCCAUGACGGCGAUGCAUCCCGGCAGCAAGCUCAGGGCCAAGUCGCCGCUCUCGCUGACAGACCUGGCCACGCCGCUGGCGCCGUCGUCGGCUGACCCCGACUGGGACUACGCCGAGACUGAGUGGUGGGGCUGGGUCAUGCUGGUCGCCACCUGGGUCGUCUUCGUCGUCGGCAUGGGCUCCUGUCUGGGCGUCUGGAGCUGGGCCUGGGACGUCGGGACCACGCCCUACGCACCGCCCGAGCUCGAGGAUGAUCCGACCCUGCCCAUCGUCGGCUACUACCCGGCCCUCAUGAUCCUAACCAGCGUCAUGGCCUGGGUCUGGGUCGUCGUCGCCUGGAUCGGCAUGAAGUCCUUCGGCUCCGCUGCUGACGGCGCCUUCCCUACUAGCGCAAAUCCACCCCGCAAACAGUACGCUGUAGCUGCAGCUCAGCUCAGCUGCAGCUUCAACCUCGUCGUUUCUUCGACCCUCACUUGUCAUCUCUUCACCCUCGCCAUGACUGACCCCCCGCUUGCCGGCCUCAGGGUUCUUGAGCUUGCUGGCCUUGCUCCGGCUCCCUUUGCUGGCCUCAUCUUUGCUGAUGCUGGCGCUGAUGUCCUGCGCAUCGACCGUGCUCUUCCGGUCUCGUCUUCAGCUUCGCCGUCAUCGCCUCUGCCUGUCCCGUCAGACCUCCUCACCCGCCACAAGGCAUCCGUCGCGGUGGACCUCAAGGACGCUCGGGGCAUCGCCCUCGUGCGCACCCUCGCCCGUCGUGCUGAUGUCCUGAUUGAUCCGUUUCGGCCGGGCGUUUUAGAGCGUCUCGGAUUGGGUCCCGACGUGCUGCUGGCCGACAACCGGCGUCUCAUUUACGCGCGCCUCAGCGGCUUCCGCCGUGACGGUCGCUAUCGCCACAUGGCCGGCCACGACAUCAACUACCUCGCCGUCUCGGGCGUGCUCAGCCUUCUCGGUCGCGCCGACGCGAAGCCCACGCCACCGACGAACCUGCUAGCUGACUUUGCCGGUGGCGGCCUGAUGUUGGCCUUCGGCGUUCUGCUGGCCCUGGCCACCCGCUCGGUUUCGGGUCGCGGUCAGGUCGUCGAGGCCAACAUGGUUGAUGGCGCCGCCUAUCUGGCCACCUUUGCGCGCUUCGGCCUACAGACACCUCUCGGCUGCCGUCCGCGUGGCCACAACCUGCUCGACUCGGGCUGCCCCUACUACGACACUUACGCCUGCGCCGACGCGCCCGCCAACCCCAACGGCUACGUCGCCGUUGGCGCCCUCGAGCCGCGCUUCUUCGACCAGCUGCUGCGUGGCCUCACCGCUGACCGUCCUGCCAAUCCAGCCCUCGAGCCCCUCGCCGACAUCCAGGCCUGGAAACUGCGACGUCUCGACCCCGAACAGUGGCCCGCCUUGCGUGCUGCCCUCACCGCCGCCUUCCGCCGCCAUCCGCGCGCCCACUGGGAAGGCGUGUUUGACGGGACCGACGCCUGCUGCACGCCCGUCCUCGGCUUCGCUGAAAUCCAGAAUGGCGCCGCUACUCACGGCCGCGAGAGCGAUCAGAGACCGCCCGUGGCACUGCAGGAUACGCCGCUUCUAGCCGUCGCCGCCAAAGCUGCUGACAACAACAGCAACAGCAACAGCAACAGCAACAGCCGUGGCCAGGGCCCAGGCAUCGAUGGCGAAGGCUACGAGGGCCAAGCACUGCUGCCCGGCGAGGGCGGCGAAGAGGCCCUGAAGCGGUGGCAAGGCUGGACGCGGGGAACUGAAUACGACAUCAACGAGGCUGGCGGCUUUGUGCUCAAAGGCACCGAUAAAGCGCGGCUAUAA